UUUUUCUUUUAAAUCUAAACUGGAUUCUUCAUAAAUCAAAAAAUGGCUUUUAUUCAAACAAAAGGCACAUAUCGUUUAUUAUUUCAAAAUAAUCUAAAAAAAAGCCUGUUCUUAAUUCAUAAUAAGCAUUUUUUGCGCUUGAGAUUUCAUUUUUCUACUCUAAAUCUACAAAGAAAUAGAGAAAAGAUUGGUCCAUUUUCCUGGAAAUCUGGAUCUUUCUUUGUCAUGACAGGCAUCUUUCUUGUGUGGUAUUUUAAGAAUGAGAAGAAAAAAGUGGAACAAAGACGUCAUUUGAAUAAAAAUAUAUCUAUUGGAAAGCCUAGAAUAGGUUCUGAUUUCGAAUUGAUUGAUCAUAAUGGAAGAAAUGUCACGAAUAAGGAUUUUUUAGGCAAAUAUAUGAUGAUUUAUUUUGGGUUUACUAGGUGUCCUGAUAUUUGUCCAGAAGAACUAGAUAAAAUGGCUUCUGUGAUUAAUAAUGUUAAUAGUCAAAGAAAUUUAGUAACGCCUAUUUUUAUUACAUGUGAUCCAAAUAGGGAUACUCCUUCUCAGAUAAAAGAAUAUCUUAAAGAGUUCCAUACUCAGAUAAUUGGGCUAACAGGAAGCUAUGAAAACAUUAAAGCUGUUUGCAAAGCUUAUCGUGUCUAUUUCUCGACACCACCUGAUGUAAAACCAGAUGAUGAUUAUCUUGUAGAUCAUUCAAUUUUUUUUUACUUAAUGGAUCCUGAUGGACAUUUUGUAGAUGUUUUUGGACGACAAUAUAAUGCACAACAAAUAACUUCAAAAAUAUUACAAUAUAUUAAUGAUUGGGAAUCAUCAAGAGGACAAAUUAUAUCAUAA